UUUGUGGCUUUAGUCGCCCGUAGUAUGAACAUAGCAGAUCCCACCCAGCAGACUUGCCUAGAACCUAAGCAGCACUUUAAGUCGUUGCACUCUUUUCCCGUUUGGGCCUCGUCGCUCUCCGUAGUGGGAGCUGAUUGGCCAGUUGUUUGUUGACAUCCAAUCACACCACGUAGAUGUCGGAGCACAUAGGCUGAUGUUUUCCAGUGGCAUCGGACGAUGGGUGCCACGGUUAGAGGAUAUUCAUAACUGGUUAUAGACUUUGUUCUGGUCCCGUCUUCCCCUACAGACGCUGCCUGCUCCGGUCAGACAUGGAGAAAGUUGUUCUUGUUACCGGCGCGAACAGCGGCAUCGGUCUGGCCCUGUGUGAAAGGCUGCUGACUGAGGACAGCCAGCUCCGUCUGUGUCUGGCCUGCAGAAACAUGCAGCGUGCAGAGGCUGCCCUGUCCGCCCUCCUGACCUCUCACACCAGCGCACGUGUAGAUUUACUGCACCUUGACGUGGGCUCUGUGCAGUCAGUGCUCACUGCUGCUCAGGAGGUCAAGGCCAGAUACAACAGAAUUGACUUUCUGUAUCUAAAUGCAGGAAUUAUGCCCAAUCCACAAGUAGAUGUCAAAGCUUUUUUCAAGGGCCUGUUCUCCAGGAAUGUCAUCAACAUGUUUUCGACAGCAGAGGGUAUCUUGACUCAACAGGACCGGCUCAACUCAGACGGUCUGCAGGAGGUUUUUGCCACCAACCUCUUUGGUCAUUUUCUCCUGAUCAGGGAGCUGGAUCCUCUGCUGUGUCUGGCUGGUCACACGUCUAGGAUAGUGUGGACCUCCUCGAGUAACGCCCGCCGCUCUGCCUUCAGCAUCGAGGACGUGCAGCACAGAAAUGGGACGGAGCCCUACAGCUCCUCCAAGUACGCGUCUGACAUGCUCAGCCUGGCACUCAACAGACACAAGAACAGCGAGGGGCUGUUCUCCUCUGUAAUAUGUCCAGGACUGGUGAUGACUAAUCUGACCUAUGGUAUCCUCCCCUCGUUCUUCUGGACCCUCAUUAUGCCGAUCAUGUGGCUGAUUAGGAUCUUCACCAACACAUUCACGCUCACACCGUACAACGGAGCAGAGGCGCUGCACUGGUUAUUUGUACAAAACCCAGAGUCUCUGGAUCCAAGAGCAAAGUAUCACAGUUUAACGUCAGGACUUGGAAAAAACUACACUCGGCCUCGACAGAUGGACAUCGAUGAAGGAAUGUCUGAGGUCCUCUAUUCAAAACUUCUUGAACUUGAGAAAGAAGUCAGAAAGAAAGAGUGAGAAAAAUGCUGACAAGGAUGCUCGUGGACUGUACUUUAGUGAGACAGAGUAAAUGUGAGUCUGAUAUAAGGGACGGAUUUGCUUUUGGGAUAUGGGCCAUGUGCACUUUAUGAUGAACAACAAACAUGAUCUUAUUCUUUUCAUUCUUGCUAUGUGUACCAUAGAAUUAAGUUUAUUUUCGGUCUAUUGUCUGUAUUUCUACGCAUGUGAGUCUUAAAACACAGAAAGAGCAUCCUUUCUCACUCACGCUCAUGAGACCGUUGUGUUGUUCAUUUAUAGCCCAAUGUUAGCUUUAAACUUCAGGUUUUUGCAUUCUAGCUUCAAAAAUCAUAAAAGUGGUGUUCAUUUGUAAAGACUAUCUUGCUGAACAAACAUUUAAGUAUCAUAAACUUGUGUUUGCCUUAGAGACCUUUUUCUGCAAUAAUCUUAAAACCAUCGGGAAAAUCUCAUUUCAAUCUCACUUUUAGUCGAGGGAACCAGUGCAAUGCUAAAUUCUUGGACUGGCCUAAAUAAAUAAAUCAACCCUGCAACACUAUCAGCCUUUUUCAUAUUUUAAUGUAUAAAUAUCAGAAAUAAAUGUCUUUGUUGGUCAUUCACAAAUCUACCAUGUCCUGACCUACCACCCUUGUGAGAUCAUUAACCAGCAGGAGUCUAACCUGUUUCUUUGUGGUUGUAACGUAGAAACCACCGCCUGCUGCACCUUCACCUGAUAUCUGUAUCGCGUUUCUUCUACGACAGGCGUCAAACUCUAAUUAGCGUCUUGUGUAUGGUCUGGUUUACGGAGGUCAUCACCCGACCACCAGCACUACCGUCAGCUGUCAUCAGUGGCUUCCUUUACCACAAAUCAUAAAUUAUAAUGCACAGUUAGGUGAAAAUAAUGGCAUGCUUCCUGCUGAAGUCUGUAAUAGAGCAUAAAAAAAAUAUGUUUGAAAUGGCUUUGUUUUACUAAUAUCCACUUACUGAAAUUUUUAAUUGAACUUUUUUGGCAAAAGCCUUUGCUGAAUAAUCUGCUUAUUGCAUGAGUUCCUUAAGCUUUAGCUGUUCCCGACAAACAUGCACAACUGCCAAACUUAUUUGUAUUAUAUUUGCCUUUUUGCCUCCUCUGUUUUAGA